AUGCGGAUCGAAAAAAAAUAUGAUUUUAGUUCAUUAGUUUGUUGUGGAUUAGAUGCUAGUUCAAUGAAUAUUGACUUUUUACGUCAAUUAGAAAAAGAAAUCCCUAUUAAACGUACUGCACAAUAUUAUGGAAUGACAGAAAAUGCUGCAAUUCUUACCAGUAGUAUGUGGUCUGGUGAUGAAAAUGAAAUACGUCGUCUUACUUCAAUCGGUCGAUGUAUGUCACGUUUAGAAAUUAAAGUACUUGAUGGAGAAGGAAAUCCAGUACCUAAUGGUCAACAAGGUGAAAUAUGGGCGCGAGGAUUUCCUAUAAUAAUUGGAUAUUAUGGUGAUUCACAGAAAACAAAUGAAGCAAUAACACUAUCAGGAUGGCUUCGAAGAGGUGAUGAAGGUCGAAUGGAUAAAGAUGGUUAG